UUAAAAUAAAAAGGGUUUAGAGAGAGAAGAGGCAGCAGAAGUGUUUGCUCUGACAAAAUUGAGCGCCGCCGUCAAUACUGAUCUUCCGGUGACGCGCCGCUGUUGCUAUCGGAAACUGACUCGCCGUCGUUCAGUUUGAUUACAUGUUAGAAGGAAGAAGAAGAAAAGCAUGGACAGAACCAGAGAAUCUAGAAGAUCAUCCAUGACCAUGGCGUCCUCCACCAAUGGAUUUCCCACGCGCCGACCUCGAAGUGUUCCUCUCAGAGACUCUUCCGAGGAAGGAGCGGUGGUGCAGGUGAGGGAAGCUUCGAGCAAGAAGGGAAGGAAUCGAGAGAAGGAUAGGGAUUCGUCGAGUCGGAGCAAGAGGAGGAGAGGCUCUCACUCUCACAGGGAAGAAGGCGAACCAAGCACUGAAGAUAGCGUCGGGAAUGAACAAGACGACGACGUUCGAGACGCUGGGAUUUCUCGGAUCCGUUCCUCGUCUUCCGCUUCUGAUAAGAGCCACCACCGCCGGAAUUUUACGGCGGCGAAGCCUCCCCCGCCCCGGCCGCCGUUCAAGGUAGUCGAUGAGGUGAUCGGCGUGGUAGUUCCCAGGAAGGCCCGUUCAGCUUCUUUGAAAAGGUUGCAUGAGAGCUGGGUCUCCGGGGGCACCGGCGGUGGGGAGAAUCGGACUUUCCGGCAACGGUCGAAUUCUCCGGGAAGGCGAAUUGUUGAACCGGCCUGGCCUUCUUCUUCGAAUGCUUCUGUUAGGAAGAAGAUGGUCAGCGCAAUUUUUUCAAUUUUGUUUUUUUGUGGGAUUUGUUAUUUUGAAGGACUAAGUUUUGAGAUGUUUGUGAAUGUGAUGUUUAAGAAAGCGAUUGAAGCUGAACCAGAGACAUUGAAAUUGGCUUCAUCGGACAUCGAGAUUGAGAUAGCCGAGCUUUUAACCGGUUUGAGGAGUUCAAAGGGCCACGAGUUUUCAUCGCAGAAGCUGGAAGCAAGCAUGGAUCACCACGCCUCAGAGUCUUGUCACUCUAAGGAUAUUGCAGAGAAGAAUAAAUUGGAAGAGUUUAAAGAUCCGAAGUAUUCGUGUGAAGAUUUAUUAAGAAUUCAGGGCCAGGAGCAACCAGCAGAUGUGGAUUGUCAUGAAAAUGGGUCAUCAGCGGUUCCAAAAGAGGACAUUGGGGAAGACAAAGUGAAUCCAGGUGCUGGAUUUGGUGGUGCUUAUGUAGGUACUGGAAGAUUUGAUGCCCCUACAAAUGAAUCACAAUCAUGCUCCAAGUUGGAUGCUGAUAAACAGGAUUCAGCUUCUACCAGAAUGAUGUGUGAUGUUCCUGAUGCCAAUACCAAACGAGUUGGCAAGUUUGAGAUAGAUCUGAUGGCUACUCCUCCUAUGAUGCUAUCCCUAGAAGGGGAUGAUUUGUCAAAGAGUCAAUUGACUUCAGAAACUAAAGCUUUGGCACCGGAUGUGGAAAUGAAGAGGAUAGACAGUAUUGAAGUUGAAGACAAGGCAGAAAGACCAGUUAACCAAGAGAAAACUCCGGAAGAAAUUGAAGAGGCGAAUAUGAUCGAGUUUAAGAAAAAAUUGAAUGUGCUAAAACAUGAUUUGGUGACGCCAAACAAUGACAAUGACAUAAUGACAAACAAUAAAUUGGAAAAGCAGGAUAGGAAUAAGGAACAGCCAAGUAUAUCGUCAAAUCCCAAAGUGCAGAAAAUUGAUCAUUCUAGUUCAGUGCCUUUGCCAGCUGGUGUAUCAGGACGGCCAAGCAAUCUCACUUCUAUUGGAUGCAAGCCACUUUUGCAGAAAGUUGGGGAAACAGAUAAAACCAAAGGAGGAUCAUCGAAAUCCCCACAGGGUGUGAAUUCUGUUCUCUCUCAACCAAAACGAAAGAGAUGUGCAACCCAUUAUUACAUUGCUCGUAACAUCUUACACCAGCAGUAUACAAAGAUGAGCCCCCCUUUACCAGCUGCUAUUGGCCCAGGUUCUCUGUGUGGCAUUAAACCCAACAAUGUCGACUGUGUACCCUCUUCUAGCAAGCAAUCUCAAAAACACUUUCCAGGUGUAAACCAAAAAGGUGCACAAGAGAAAGUGUUGGUUGCUACAAGCGAUCCUAGUCUUGCUGCAUUUAGAAGUUCUAAUAAUGCCAACCCAAUGGAUUCAACACACAUGCAGCUUGUGCUCCAACAAGGUCCAUAUCCUGGCUCAAUUGGUACUCUAGUGCAGGGUCCUGCUUUUGUAUUUGGUCCGGGCCAGCAUCAAGCAUCAGUAGCAGCACCUACUAAUCAGGCAGGCGGUGUGAAUUUUCCCAGCAGUGCUUCCUCUUAUAAUAGGUCUCAUAGUUCGGUUGCCGGAUCUCUUGAUACCUCUUCUACUCUGCCUGCAGCUGCUGCUGCAAUGAGCUGUAGCUACCCAAAAUUUUCAGCCAACGAUUCUCCGUAUGUGACUAUAGUUUCCAAUAAUGGGUAUUCAUUCCCCUAUUCAACUGCUGUGAUCAGAGGUGUAAGUCCUGGUGGGCCUUUCUACUCUUCUCAAAUACUCCAUCCUCUUCAGUAUCCACAACAGCACCCUCACUCAAAAGUACUGGUUCAACCAAGUUAUCCUAAUGCAAGCAUAUCAAGUAUUUCAUCAUCUCAUAAGCAGUCACAGGGUGCACAAGGUAAUGGUAAUAAUAUCAUGACCUCUAAAACAAGGGAACAGCCGUCACAAAAGCAAAGAACUCCCCAGUCUCAUCCUCGGAAGCAUGAGGUUGUUGUGGGGGGCGAGAACGUACCAUCUGUUGCUAAUCGAACAUCUUAUGCACAGAAGAAUGUGCAUGGGCAGAACUUCACAAUUCCAGUUCAGCCUAUGAACCUUUCUUUUAAGCCAUCUGCAACAUCAGAUAAAGCUGGUGGCAACAGUGGGAUUUUUGCUGACAAGCAGCAGAAACAACAGGCUUCAAAGGGGGGAGUUGAAAUUGUACCAUCUCAAGCGUUUGCAGUAUCGUUUGCUACAUUUAAUGGGACCAGUGUUCCUUCAAGCCUUAACUUCUCAUCCAUGGCACAGAACCCACAGAUACUCCACAGUCUGCCUGAUAUUGCGUACCAAGGAUAUCCAGCUGCAAGUACACCUUAUACUACUCAGCAGAAGACUUGUUCAAUUACUGGAGAUAAGAGUGGAGGUAAUUCCUCCCAACAAGAUGAUGUUAAGAAGAUCACUCAUGGAAAGUCACCAACCAUUGGGCCAACUACUCUUGUCUUUGACAAUUCAUCAAAGAAUCAAAACUUUGUGAUGAGUAGUACGAGUGGAAACUGGCCUAGUGGCGCCAUUGCUUCAACUGCGAUAAUAAACAUGCCUUUUUCCGGUAAUGCUUCAGGUUCUCAACAGCAGCCGCAGUCGCUUCAGCUUCAGAACAUGCAACAGCCGCGACCUGCCAUGUCUACUCGAAAGAAAGCAUUAUCUGCCACAAAGUUUGCAAUGGACACCCCUGUUUUGUCACAAAGCCUUGCUCAGUGCAAAAGUUCUAAUCAAAAUUCUCUCUCUAAGACCUUGGGAAGAACCACAGCUUCUCAUGUUCAUCACAAGUCUAUUAUAACAUCUAGUGCUCCAACCGUCAAAAGUUUACCUCAGGAGAAAGGAAGAGACUCAAAGGGUCAUAAGCAAAUUUCUUUUGGGGGAAAUUACACCACUUCGUUGCCAACCCAAGGAGCAAAGGCAACAACCACUCAAUAACAACCAGCUUUUUUAUACAACAGCAACUGAAACUUCAUUUAAUGGGGGCAACUUGGUGCCAAAUUCAGAGGGAAUGAAAGUUAGUUCGUCAGUUCCUUCACAUUCUCAAUAGACCCUGUAUUCUUCUGCUGGCAGUGGCAAAAAGCCUUCCCCAGUUUGUAUGCCCCAUCAAUCCUGCGCCAAGGUAGAAUAUAUUCUCCGCAAUCGCAGAUUUAGUCUCAAUCUUUCGUUAUCGUCAUAUAUUCUGGAGGCCCUUGGCCUUGAUGCUACUGUUUCAUGUUCAAGCUGCAAUUUACAGGUUUAUUACAGGGUAUGAUUGAAGGAAAAAGUUUUGGUAGCUUAUAUCACCUCAUGGCAGCAGGGUGCUGGAGUUUUGCAUGAUGUUAUUUUUUAGGUGGUAGUAAUUUUUUUUAGUAGUAGGCACCGCUAUCUUAUCAUAUUUCUUGGUUGGUUAGCUUCUGGAAGGUUUUUACAUUCUUUGGGGUCUAAUUAAUUUGGCAUAUCAAAGCAUUUUUAUGUGUAUAUAUGAUUUUUUGGUCUCCCAUAGCAUAGCAAAGAAUGUACUUGAAUUCAUUUUUUAUUGAAAAAAAACCUGCAAUUAUUUCUUUCA